UUGAUGAAGGAACUGAGUGACUUGCCCAUGCUUCAUCCGCCUGGGAGCCUGUUUCCCAGAGGUCAAGCAAUCCAUGUGCGAUCCUGAGAGCUCCUGGGACCUCCCACCUGUACCUCCAACCCCAGGUCUUCCUGUCUGUUUCUUGCAUCCUGGAGGGUGGAGAUGGAUGUUGUCCCUAGGCCCACAGUCAGCCAGCCACUUCUGACCAGAAGUCUGGCUCUUCGUGGAUACUACCGUGUGCUAGCGCUACCCGUCCCCCGCCCUCCGCCGUGUUUGACUCAACUAAGGACCAGGCCGUGGUAAAUUGGACCCCGUUCAGCCUGUUGUAGAGUCAGUGGGGACUUUGCAGCUGGUGUCCCAGUGCGUAUCUGGCGCGCCCUCUAGAGGCCACUCUGCUCAGAUUCUUGGUCCACGGUCAUAAGACUCUUACUGGUGUCUCCUGCCACCCAGCUUGCAGCAGCUUCCCAUAACCUAAAAGGUCUCUAUCACAGCCGCCUUACACACAGGCUUCCUGGAAGCCUCCCCGACUGCGGCUGCGCACUCCGCCCCAUUACCAUGGAGACUGCUCGUACACAGCUUCCCUUACCCUUCCACCUUGUACUGACCCUCCAACGGGACUGGUGCCCGCUUAGGAGGGCCUGGCCCUGUGGCAGAUGCCCAUGAACAUCGAGGCCCCAACAAAGCUGGCCGUGGGCAGAGUGAGGUUCUUCGGGAAACACCACGGGGAGGUCAACUGCUCUGCCUUCUCCCCUGAUGGCCAGACCCUGCUCACAGCCUCAGACGAUGGCUGUGUGUAUGUAUGGGAGACAAGGAGCAGGCGGCUGCUAUGGAGAAUGGCAGGCCACAGAGGCCCAGUCAAGUUUUGCCGCUUCUCCCCCGAUGGCCGCCUGGUUGCCAGCUCCUCCUGUGACCACACUGUUCGUCUGUGGGAUGUGACAAGAUUCAAGUGUCUACAUGUGCUGAGAGGUAAAAGGGCCGCCUUGCCUAGGAGCCACCGGCUCCUUUGUGGACUGUGUCCUGUCCUCUUCCCCACCUUUGGGCUGGUGUCUGCAGGUCACCAGCGGAGUGUGGAGACAGUCAGCUUCAGCCCUGACUCAAGGCAGCUGGCAUCAGGUGGCUGGGACAGGCGGGUCAUUCUCUGGGAGGUACAGUCUGGCCACAAUGUGCGCCUCUUGGCUGGGCAUCGUGAUUCUGUGCAGAGCAGCGACUUCUCCCCCACUGCAGACGCUUUGGCCACUGGCUCCUGGGACUCAACUGUGCACAUCUGGGACCUGCGGGUGGCAAGCCCAGCCGUCUCCUACCAGGAGUUAGAGGGCCACACCGGCAACAUCAGCUGCUUGUGCUACUCCACAUCUGGCCUCUUGGCAUCUGGCUCCUGGGACAAGACCAUCCGCAUCUGGAAGCCCACAACCAGCAGCCUUCUUUUCCAGCUCAAGGGACAUGCCACCUGGGUGAAGAGCCUAGCCUUUUCUCCCGAUGAGCUGAGGCUAGCCAGUGCUGGUUACUCCCACACACCUGCAGAAGAGCCCAGGCCACGCCUGGAAUUUGGGAGCACACUGACAACUCCCAAGUCUGCUUGUUUUUACAUCCAGGUCAAAGUCUGGGACUGCAACACAGGAAAAUGCUUGGAGACCCUGAAGGGCCUGCUCGAUGUGGCCCACGCUUGUGUUUUCACCCCCGACGGCAAACUCCUAGUGGCAGGGUCUGCUGAUGCGGCAACAUGACAAGCCCACUGCUCAAGUCUCAAGAACCUCUUCCGCGUAACUUACCACAGGCCUGAAGUAAUGCAGCCACCAGGAUCUUGGCUGCAUGCAGGGAUUACCCCGUCUGUCAUCAUUGGCCAUAGCUAAGUGGUCACCUGGUCCCCACCCCCACUGGCCAGGCACAAAACAAGAAGCAGAAAGUUAGCCAGUCUUGCACUUUAUUGCCCUUCCAUUAGGCCUUGACCGCAUACUUGCGUAGCGGGUACAGCCUCUCCUUCCGCUGCUGCUUCUUUGUCUUCAGCUUCUCCUCGUGCUUGGUGAGCCGGCGGCGCAUGGCUCUCGUUUUCUUGGGUCGCAGGUCCAGA